AAAGAACGUCUUUCACUUUCCGCUCUUGACUUCCCUUUUACCCAAAAAACAGUGCAAGUAAAAAAAUAGCCCACCAUGUCAAAGCUCUGAUUUUUUUUCACAAAUAUCAAUUUCUAUGUUGAAUAAAGAAAUAAUUCAGUAGUCGUGCUUCUGGCUCAGGAAUUGAGCUCCAAGAAGAGGACAAUUUUCCUCACCCAACUUGUUUUCUUUCAGUAAUUCUUUUAGUUGUUAAGCUCUCGUUUUCUGUAUGUAACAAUCGGUGUGUUUUAUUUUAUCAAUUUUUUUUUUCUUGUUGAGGUGUUAGUUAAACGGAGUUUGCCUCAACUUUAAGCGAAAAACCCACCAGUAAUUUGUGUAGGAAAGAUAAGAUUUUUCCCCCUUUUUCUUUUGAGUUUUGUUUUUAAGUUUGAUUGGCUUCAUUUCACUGUCUGGAAAUCGCGGUGUCGCUUGAAGAAGAAGAAUUUCAGUUGAUCUUAGGAAAUUGGGUCCGAUGAGGAGUUGGAAUUUUCGGAGUAUUUUGUUUCGAAUUCUAUUUGGGCUGUGGUUCGUUUUUGUAGUCAUACAGCCCGUGAAAGGAUUAAGGCCUUUAAGGCAGAGGCCGCGGUCUUGGGGUGAUGAGUGGCUCCCUCUAGGGAAAGAAGAGAAUGAAUUGGGUCCAUUUUCAUCUUGGAAUAUAACAGGGACAUAUCGAGGAAAUUGGAAGUUCCUAGAAUCCAAAAAUGCUUCAUCCAAGUUUCCAGAUUUUAAGAAUUCAAAUGGGAACUCUGUACUAGAGUUGAUUAGUACUCCAACAAAAAUAACUGGUGUACACUAUGUUCAGCCAGUCUCUUAUUGCAAUUGUCACCAUCAUGAUGCAAUUCACCAGGGGGUUAUGGUUUUUCAUGAUGUGUUCGACAAUGAUAAAGAUGUCCGUGGUGCUCAAAUCAGGGUAGAAGGUGUGUACAUAUGGCCUUUUAGACAGUUAAGGCUGGUAGCCAACAGUGGAAAAGAGGGCGAGCUUGGGCAGGAAGAUGAUUACUUAUUAACUACCCCUUAUCACUUGAUUGGAGUUUUCUCUUCCCAGGUUUUUCAGGAGUCUCCCCGAGAUAAAAUCUGGAAGAAGAAACACUCUCCCAUAUAUGAAAUGGAGAAACAUUGCAAUAUUGAAAUUGCAGCUCAAGUUUCCCGCCUCUCAUCAGGAAAAGAUGAUGGAGAUCAAGAUAAGUAUUAUCUAGAAGGACUAAUGGAGAGCCCUUCAGUGGAUGAUGACGUGGACUGCUUUUCACCUAUGCAUUUAAAUGCCACUUCAGUCAACACUGAUAUCUACUACAAUAAAGCAAUUAACUACACUUUGAUGGUUACCUUUAUAUCUUUCCUUGAAGUUCUAAUGUUAAUCCGACAAAUGGAACACAGCAACACCCAAUCCGGGACUGCCAAAGUUUCACUUCUGAUGGUUGGCCAUCAAGCUAUAAUGGAUGCUUAUAUUUGUCUUCUGCAUCUUACAGCUGGAAUUCUAGUUGAAUCCCUGUUUAAUGCUUUUGCAACUGCCGCAUUUUUCAAGUUUGUGGUCUUUUCAAUAUUUGAAAUGCGCUACCUUCUCGCAAUAUGGAAGGCGAAUAGACCUGCAAAUGGAGAGAAUUGGGAUGUCAUGAGGCGCGAGCUUUCAGCCCUUUACAGCCGUUUCUAUGCUAUCCUUUUAGGCGGCAUUCUCAUAAUGUACGAGUUUCAUAAGUUCUUGCGGUUUAUUCUCCUCCUCCUCCACUCGUUUUGGAUCCCUCAAAUAUGCAUUAAUGUGAUUCGUGACUCGAGAAAACCACUGCACCCUUAUUAUAUCCUUGGGAUAACAGCCACACGAAUUGCUAUCCCUUUGUAUGUUUUGCCAGAAAAGUACAGCUAUUACCGGAAAUACCCUCAGGGAUCAAAUCAGGCCAUAGACUGUGUUAUCUGCAUGAACACCAUCGAGUUCAGCCUACAUUCAAGUGAUUGCAUGGUGACUCCAUGUGACCAUUUCUUUCACUCGUGCUGCCUGCAAAGGUGGAUGGACAUAAAAAUGGAGUGCCCUACAUGCCGCCGUGCACUUCCACCUUCCUAGUGAUAUUUUGUUUUACCUUGUAAAUGUCAAAGUCGAGUCUUCCUACUAGUUACUCUCUGAUGAGCAAUGGAUCUGAAGCAUGGCUAGCAUUCAUUUCGAAAACCAACACCGGUUGAAGAAUAGCAGGUUCACUUUUACGCUGAUGUAUAAAAAGAAAAAAAGAGGAAACAAAAAAAAAAAGGAAAGAAAAUGAGACUGCAUACAUUUUCAGUUUACUUUUUCUCCUAUCUUAGGUAAGUUCUGAAUGAGAAAAAAGUGGACCACAUCUUAAAAGUGUGGGAAGCUCUUACUGCAAAACUCUUCUAGCCUGCCAAUAAAUUUUCAUGCAUGUUUGGUCCAAAUAUCUCCUAUCCAUUUGUUGUGUACAUACUUUCACCAUAAAACGAUAGUUAUUUCGUGAUAACGGUAUCUACUUUUCAGGAUAACUGAAACUCUGAAACUACAAAUGAAAUGGUGAUUGGAUGAUGUCCUUAUUAGUUUGUUCACCCUGAUAACUACGAAUGAAAUGGUGAUUGGAUGAUAUCCUUAUUAUGUUUGUUCACACCGAUAGAGCAAGUUUCCCUUUUC